AUGGCAGCCAAUGCUAUCUAUUCUGUGCUGGGGCGGGUUGCGGGUCUCGGAGUAGGGCCGGGCCUGAACCAAGUGAAUUUGGUGAUAGGCGUUGAGAAGGAGAUUCAGAUUCUUUCCGAUGAGCUGAAAAGGGUUAUAAAUGUGCUGGAUGAUGCGGAGAAGAAGGGGUGCAAGGACAAACUCGUCAGAGACUGGCUGACGAGGCUCGAAAACACGACCUAUGAAAUGGACGACGUUUUGGACGAAUGGAAUGCGGCGAUUCGCGAACGUGAGACGGAACAACAUUCUUUCGAUAAUGUUUUACUACUUUGGUUGUACAAGGUACGCUCCUUUAUCCCUUCCUCGUGUUUAUUGUGUUUCGAGAAAGUUGUUGUGCGUCGUAAUAUUGCCUUGAAAGUGAAAGAAGUGGUAGCACGGCUUGAUCUAAUUUUGGCGGAGAAAGAUCGGUACGGUUUUGCGACCACGCCACAGCCAUCUGAUCGUGAAUUAUGGCGGGGUCAAACUACUUCUUUCAUCGACUUAGAGGAAAUUUAUGGCCGAGAAUUAGAGAGAGAAGACGUGGUGAGACAACUUGUGGGUGAAGGUGGUAGUAGUGAAGAAGGAUUAAUAGGAGGCAUCCGCGUCAUAUCUAUAGUGGGUGUGGGUGGCCUUGGGAAGACAACUCUUGCUCAACUAGCUUAUAACAAUAGUCAAGUAAUGAAUUAUUUUGAGUUAAGAAUUUGGAUAUCUGUUUCAGAUCCCUUUAACGAGGUUGAGAUUGCGAAAGGGAUUGUGGCAAGUGUGGAAAAGUUGGAUGAACCCCCAAGGACCAAUCAAUUGGAAAUGCUACUGCAACGUCUAAAAAAGUCUAUUUCAGGGAAAAAGUUUCUUCUUGUUAUGGAUGAUGUUUGGACAGAAGACGAUAUCAAGUGGAAACCCCUGAAAAAUGCUCUCAAAAGUGGUGGAACGGGUAGCAAAGUUUUGGUGACAACUAGAAACGAAAGGGUUGCAAUAAUGAUGAUGGGAGAGUUUAUCAAUAAUAAUUGGAUGAUCCAUCGUUUAGGAGUUCUCAAUGAUGAAGAUUGUUGGUCAUUAUUAGGUCGGAUUGCCCUUUGUGGUAAGAACAAAUAUCAAUGUGAAGAAUUUGAGAACACAGGUAAGCAGAUAACCAAGAAGUGCAAUGGAUUACCGCUUGCAGCAAAGACUUUGGGAAGUCUCUUACGGUUCAAGACUACAUUGGAAGAGUGGGAGAGCGUGUUGAAUAGUGAAAUAUGGAAGUUGGAGGAAGUAAAAGAUGACCUCUUCCGCCAUUUGUUUCUUAGUUACAACGAGUUGUCCCCAACAUUGAAGCGUUGCUUCUCGUAUUGUGCUGUCUUUCCUAAAGAUACCAUAAUUUAUGUGGAUGAACUAAUAAUAAAAUGGAGGGCAAUGGGUUAUCUAGGAUCGAAUGCUGUUGAUGACUGGAAAGUUAGAGGGAGAGGGUGCUUUAAUAAUUUAACAAUGCGUUCUCUGUUUCAAGACUUUAAGAAAGAUGGCAAUAAGAUAGAAUCAUUUAUGAUGCAUGACAUUGUACAUGAUUUUGCUCAAUUCCUGAGGAAGGAUGUGGGGUCAAGAAUAAAGAAAACAACUUGCGAAGAGUGUAGUCCUUUGUUAGUUUCCCAGGUCGAAAAAUAUCGUAGCAGCUUAUUUCAGGGUAAAGAAGUUCUUGAUCCACAUGUUUGUGAUUGCCUAACGAGUGUGAGGUUGCUCGAUUUAAGACGUUGUGGCUUGCAAGCCAUUCCGAAAGAAAUAGAAAAAUUGAUUCACUUGAGGUGGUUGAACUUGAGUUAUAAUGAAUUUGCUGGUGAUGAUCUGAAGUCCAUUUGUAAGUUGUAUAACUUGGAAUUUCUUUGGGUUGAUAGGUGCGGGCUACAAGAAAUUCCGUUGGAGAUUGGGAAUUUGAGUGAGUUGAUACACUUGGAUUUGAGCUGGAAUAGAGGACUGAGAGAGUUGCCGGAGAGCCUAUGCAAUUUGAGUAAAUUAGAAAGUUUGGAUGUAAAUUGGUGUGAGAGUCUGCGUGGACUUCCACGAGGGAUCCACAGGCUGAAGAAGCUCAAACAUUUGUAUAAUGAAUAUACUUAUUCUCUGAAGCAAUAUCCACAAGGAAUAUCCCAAUUAACGAGUCUAGUCACAUUGAAUAAAGUCCUUCCUUGUGAUGGGAGCCAGAUUGGGUGGUUGACGAAUUUAAACCGACUUAGCGGGGAAGUGAAGUUGCGGAUAGAAAUAAGGAGUUGUUGUGAUUCAGUAGAGGUGGUGGUGGAGGAUGCUCGUGAAGCGGAGUUGGGGAAAAAAACGCAGAUUCAGGAACUGAUAAUAAAUUUUGAUGUUAAAUUGCCAUCACCAUCAACAUCGGUUUGGAAUGAAGUACUAGAUGCUCUUCACCCACAUCCAAACCUCCAACAACUGACUAUCCGGUUCUAUAACGGUUCCCGACUUCCGGGAUGGAUUGUGUCGCCCCUCAACCAACUCACAUCCAUUGGGCUCUACAGUUGUGAAUUCCUUGUGUCGUUACCGCCAUUGGGUAAACUACCUCUACUGGAGACUCUUUGGAUUGAAGGUUUACCUAAAUUGGAAUAUGUUGGACGGGAAUUCCUGGGAAUAGUAACAUGUUCAUCGAUGGGUACUAUUGAUGGUGGCUUCCCCAAGUUGAAGAAACUGAGUUUUGGGGGAUUUAAUAACUGGAAGAAGUGGGAAGACAUUACGGUGGAAGAAGAAGAAGAAGAUAAUGUUGCUAUCUCAAUAAUGCCUUGCCUGACGAAGUUGACGAUCCGUGCCUGCUGGAGAUUGAUGGAUCUGCCGCAACGCCUCAUGCGAAAGGUUUCAUCAUUGAAGAGGUUGGAUAUUUAUGGUUCCAAACUGGUAGAUGCUCUUGAGCCACAUCCAAACCUACAUAAGCUGAAGAUUUAUAACUAUGAAGGCUCUCAACUUCCACGAUGGAUCACGUCGCCCCUCAACCAACUCACAUAUGUUGAGCUCGCCUAUUGUGACGGCCUUCUGUUGCUGCCGCCGCUGGGUAAGCUACCGCUACUGGAGACUCUUCUGAUUUGUGGUUUAUCUAAAUUGGAAUAUGUUGGACGGGAAUUCCUGGGAAUAGCAACAACAACAUCUUCGUGUUCGUCGGGUACUAAUAAUAUUAUUUAUGGUGGCUUUCCCAAGUUAAAAAAACUGUCAUUUUGGAGCUGUCCAAAGUGGAACAAGUGGGAGGACAUCACCACUGCCCAAGAAGAAGAAGAAGAGUAUUCAAUAAUGCCUUGCCUCACGGAGUUGACUAUCUAUUACUGCAACGGAUUGACGGAGCUGCCGCAACGGCUCCUGCGAAAGGUUUCAUCACCAUUGAAGAAGUUGGAUAUUAAACGUUCAACACAAUUGAUACAAGUCUACGGGGACAAGGAGGGUCAACCCUGGGAAUCCAUUUCCCGCCACAAUCCACACCUUCUCCUCUACCCUCGAGUUUAUUUCAAUUAG